UUUGGUUAAUGUGCUCAGAACAUAAAUAUAUUCAGUCGAGUGAGUGUUUACUGUUAUAUUUUUAGUUACUGACAACCUAGAUUUUACUAAGAAUGAGGAAAUUUCUGGUAUUCCUUUUCCCAUUACUACUCUUUGGAGUAGUAUUAGCGGCUCCAAGUGAAAGCAGUUUGGUGGUGUCUUCCACUGAACCUUCUAGUACUGGCGGAAAAGAGGAUGCCACAAGCAACGGUGCACUCCAAUAUCCAAGUAUAUACCAAAUGGAUAUAACAUCUAAUAUCUCUAAUCGUUUCGCGACGACUCUAGUAGUUAGUAAAGUGAAAAAUAUAGAAAAAGUGGCGAAGGAAACAACUUUUACUGUCGUAUUACCAGAUAAGGCGUUUAUUUCCGAAUUUGUUAUGGAAAUCGGUGGGAAAAGUUAUAAAGCGUACGUAAAGGAAAAGGAGGAGGCGAAGGAUAUUUACAACAAGGCAGUGGCUAGUGGUCAAAGUGCUGGCCACGUCGCAGUUAGCGCCAGGAAUUCAAACAAGUUCACGGUAUCUGUCAACGUCGAACCUGAAGCAAAAGUAGUAUUUCUUCUGACGUACGAAGAACUGCUUGAACGUAGAAACGGUCAGUACGAACAGGUUGUAAACAUUCGUCCUGGGCAAAUUGUGAAAGAUUUGAAUGUGAAGGUACAAAUAAAUGAAACUAGACCACUAAAAUUUGUUAGGACUCCGUCGUUAAGAUCUGGAAACGAAAUCAGCAAGAACGAAGAUAAAUUAGAUCCUUCUUCUGACAUACAGAUAAUUAAUUCAACAUCAGCAGUAGUAAAAUUUAACCCCGACUCAGAAAAGCAGAAGCAAUUUGCACAUGAUCUUGGAGACAAGGAAUCCGAUGGUCUAUCUGGACAAUUUGUCGUUCAAUACGAUAUAGAUAGAGAUCCCCAUGGCGGAGAGGUAUUACUUCGAGAUGGGUAUUUUGUACACUUCUUUGCCCCAGAAGAUUUGGAACCGCUACCGAAACACGUUUUAUUUGUGUUAGAUUCGAGUGGAAGUAUGGCAGGUAGAAGCACCAUUCAGGUAAAAGAUGCGUUGCACAGUAUUUUGGACGAAAUAAGAGAAGAAGACUUAAUAAGUGUUAUUGACUUUGGAAGUGUCGUUUCCGUAUGGGACAUUCCUAAAGAAGAUAGGAAAGAGAUACCGCUACAUAAUCUGAACUAUGAAAAACCGUUUACUAAUUUAAGUCAAUUGGACUUGCCAGCUGGUACAAGGGCUACAAAAGAUAAUUUGUAUAAAGCAAAACAAGUUACUGACAAAUUUUACAGUAGUGGUGGCACCUUUAUGAUUGGUGGCUUGGAAAUGGCUUUAUAUUUGGCAAAAAUAACACAAGAUAGUGAAAAGAAAUAUCAACCAAUCAUGAUAUUUUUAACCGAUGGUCAACCUAAUAUUGGUCUAAGUAAUGAGGAAGAAAUUGUGAAAAUUGUAACACGUUUAAACGCCGAGAACAAUAAUAUUCCCAUAUUUUCCCUGUCUUUUGGAGAAGGAGCUAAUAAGGAAUUUUUGAGGAAGCUGUCUUUAAAGAACCAAGGAUUCUCCAGACACAUUUAUGAGGCCUCCGAUGCCUCUUUGCAGCUACAGGAAUUUUAUAAACAAAUUUCCUCUCCAUUACUAUCUAAUAUCACAUUUAUUUACAACGAUGAUGUCCAGGAAACCUCUAAAACAAGAUUUCCUGUAUACUUUAAAGGAUCAGAAAUUGUAGUAACUGGACGAUACCACGUUGCCGAUUCAGAUUUUCGCCCGCCGAAAGAAGUAUCUGGCAGGAAUACUGAGGGAAAACAAAUUUUGAAACCAAAGAUAGAAACUCCAGUAUCUUCUUUAGAAAGACUUUGGGCCUACUUAACAGUUAAACAAACGCUGGAUGAGAGGGAACUAGUGGAAAAUAAAGAAGAAUUGACGAAGAAAGCUUUAGAUCUUGCCCUUAAAUAUUCCUUUGUGACCGAUAUUACGUCCCUUGUGGUUGUGAAACCAAACGAAACCAAUGCGGUUAACACGGAAGAUGCCUCCAAAUCCUAUAAUGACGACACAAUUAGAGCUCUUGGAUUUCCGCAAAGUGCCAUAGCUUCAUUGAGUUCCGCAGGUUUAGGUCGUCCACAUGGAUUAACAGUAUUUGGAAAAAGAGGAUAUCUCACAACGCCAGCUUCGCCAGUUCUACUUCAAUCUUUUGCUGUGCCUGAUGGUCAAAUAGAAGUAGCUCUAAAAACGCCCGUUCAAUCGCCUCCAAGUGAUUAUCAUUGGUUAUCUUCAGCAUUAAAUCCCAAUGGAACUAUAACAGUGGCAGAAAAAACUUACGAACUAGGAGAAACAUAUAUUGUAGCAGAUCCAAAGUCAUGCCCGGAAUUAUCGAUUAAUAAUACGCAGUCCGGCAGGUGCGUUCUUCUGAAAGACUGCCCUGAACUAUCUUCGACUGUGAUAGAUUUUCAAACUUAUCAACAAUACUUCUGUUCAAUUGAAGAAAAGUAUGCAGGAAUUUGCUGUCCAAAGAGAGUGACAUGAGGUAUUUCAAGUAAUAUUGGUAACACAGGAAUUAUUUUUAUAAGUAUUUUACAAUAUUGUACUGACACACCUAGAGUAAUAAAUUGUUGAUUUUAAACAA